AUGUAUGACCCAUUUUUCCACGUGUGGAGCUUCAGGCGUCCACUUCAGUCCAUCAGAACUCUGCAGAAACUCUCGGUGUCCGUCAGUCUGGAGUUUGAGCGACGCUCGCAAUGCUCCGCAGUUCCGCGCAACUUUCUCCAACACACCGUUCCUCAUGAACCGCGUCCAGGAGGAAAGUUUCCAGUGUACUUCCAGAAGAAAAGUCUCGUGCAUUGGCUCUCAGGGGCCUCAGUGGCCAUCAGUAACUGUGAUGGACUGAAUCCUGGAGAAAGAGCUGCAACAGCAGCAAAGAUUACAAUAAUGAAAAAUAAUGACCGUUUGGGCUUUGUGUUUCCUGGCCCACAUACGGUCUUUGUGUUCCAGAUGAAAGUGCUUCCUUCUGCCUUUGUUCAGGCAGGCUUGAUUCGCACUGAUGAUGAAGAGUUCUUCAUCGAGCCUCUGGAGAAAGGCCAGCAGGAGGUGGAGGUCAAAGGUCGCGUCCAUGUGGUCUACCGAAGGUCGGCCAUCAAAAGGGACAAGGAUCAAAAGCGAUAUGACCUUCACAAUGAAGUGACAGACUUUGGAAUCGCCGAGCUGCCCAACGCUCUCAGCGUGCUGGAGGAGAAACUGUCAGAGACGGAGCGCAAACGCAGACACGCCAAGAAAGACGACUACAACAUCGAGGUGCUGCUCGCCGUGGACGACUCGGUCGUGCGCUUCCAUGGCAAAGAGCACGUGCAGAACUACGUCUUGACGCUGAUGAACAUCGUUGAUGAAAUCUAUCACGAUGAGUCUCUGGGAACCAACAUCAACAUUGUGCUGGUCCGAAUGAUCCUGGUGGGAUAUCGUCAGUCCAUCAGCCUGAUUGAGCACGGGAAUCCGUCCCGGAGUCUGGAGCAGGUGUGCCGCUGGGCAAACACACAGCAGAGGCUUGACCCCGAGCACGCCGAGCAUCACGACCAUGCUAUCUUCCUCACCAGGCAAGAUUUUGGUCCCGCAGGUAUGCAAGGUUACGCCCCGGUAACAGGCAUGUGCCACCCGCUGCGGAGCUGCACGCUCAACCACGAAGACGGCUUUUCCUCUGCCUUUGUGGUGGCGCACGAAACCGGACACGUGCUGGGAAUGGAGCAUGACGGCCAGGGGAACCGCUGCUCGGACGAGACCAGUAUGGGCAGCAUCAUGGCUCCGCUGGUCCAGGCCGCGUUUCACCGCUACCACUGGUCCCGCUGCAGCAAACAGGAGCUCAACCGAUACAUCCACUCGUACGACUGUCUUCUGGAUGAUCCCUUCGAGCUGAAAUGGCCCAAACUCACAGAGCUUCCUGGGAUAAAUUACUCCAUGGAUGAGCAGUGCCGCUUUGAUUUCGGUGUGGGGUAUAAGAUGUGCACCGCCUUCCGUACGUAUGACCCGUGUAAGCAGCUGUGGUGCAGCCAUCCUGACAAUCAGUACUUCUGUAAGACCAAGAAGGGCCCGCCGGUCGACGGGACGGAGUGUGCACCAGGAAAGUGGUGUUUUAAGGGCCACUGCAUCUGGAGGUCAUCCCAUGAGCCCUACGGUCACGACGGAGGCUGGAGUUCCUGGGGGAAGUUUGGCUCGUGCUCUCGUACCUGCGGAGGAGGCGUUCGGUCCCGCAGCCGCCAGUGCAACAACCCUGUUCCUGUGUACGGAGGUCGUGAUUGUCCUGGUACAACGUUCGAUUAUCAGGUGUGUAACAUAGAGGACUGUCCCGGCCCAUAUGAGGACUUCAGAGCGCAGCAGUGCGUCCAGCGCAGCAACAAAUACCACAAUAACAUCAAACACACAUGGCUGCCAUACGAACACCCUGAUGAGGCUCAUAAGUGCGAGUUGAGCUGCCGCUCUAAAGAGACGGGUGAAGUCGUCUUCAUGAACCAGGUGAUGCAUGAUGGGACGCGCUGCAGUUACACGGAUCCGUUCAGCGUCUGCGCUCGAGGAGAGUGUCUGCACGUCGGCUGUGAUAAGGAGGUGGGAUCGUACAAACAGGAGGAUAAAUGCGGCGUCUGUGAAGGAGACAAUUCUCACUGCCGAACCGUCAAACUCACGCUCACCAAAACCCCGAAGAAGACAGGUUUGCUGAAGAUGUUUGAUAUUCCUGCUGGCGCUCGGCACAUUGUGAUCGAGGAGAAUGAAACGUCGCCUCACGUAAUUGCCGUUAAAAAUCAGGUCACGGGCAGUUUCAUCCUGAACGCCAAGGAAGAAGAAAUCACGUCCAAGACUUUCAUUGAGAACGGCCUGGAGUGGGAAUAUUCACUGGCAAAUGGCAAAGAGUCGCUGAAGAGCGUCGGGCCGCUGCACGAAGGCAUCGUGGUGCUGGUCGUCCCGCAGGCCGAGGACACCAAGAUCAGUCUGAGCUACAAAUACAUCAUUCAUGAAGAUCUUCUGCCGGUCAUCACCAACAACAACGUGCUGCUGGCCGAACUGGACACGUACGAGUGGGCGCUGAAGAGCUGGUCGCAAUGCUCCAAACCCUGCGGCGGAGGUGUCCAGUACACUAAAUACGGCUGUCGGAGGAAGAGCGACGGGCGUUUGGUUCACAGGAACUUCUGCGAGAUCAAUAAAAAGCCCAAACCCAUCCGUAAACGCUGCAACACCAACAGCUGCAGCCAGCCCACUCCACAUUUACCUUGUUCGGUGAGCUGCGGUGAAGGGAUCCGGCAGCGGCAGGUCAUCUGCUCCGGACAGUGUGACGCAAACAAACCCGAAUCUGUGUCCGUCUGCAAGCUUCCUCCCUGCACAGGAGAGCCGUCUUUACCCAGUCCCACUAAAGAUUUACUGGAGAAUUUCACCACUGAGGAGGAGAAACGACCGGAAAACGCUCUGGAUAAAGUCUCUAAUGAGCCGUGUCUGGGUGAUAAGUCCAUCUUCUGUCAGAUGGAGGUUCUGGCGCGCUACUGCUCCAUCCCGGGUUAUCAGAAGCUCUGCUGCGAGUCCUGUAACAGGAGGAUGGCUUUCAGUACGCUUUCUCCAGACGUUCAUCCUCCCUUCACUUGGCUUCCGGAUUUCACCUUCCCUCAACUACUUCAAACGAAUCCCGACCCGACACAGCAGAUGCACACUCAGACGUCUGUAUCUCCAUCUACAGCGGCUCCGCUCAUCCACACCACUAUAGCAGCUACCAAGAGACCGCGACCCACUUCCACGAGCCCUAAAGGAGAGGACGAGAGCACGUCCCAUCCAGAGUCCAUCACCUCACUUCUACCUCCAGACGGACUCCAGAACCAGAGCACCACUGUGGACUCCAAUCGCCUCGGGGACUCGCCGGUCACAUGAUCACUAGCCAAUCAGACAGCAGCUACUGUUUACCUCAGAACGAACCGACGUCACCCACAAUCCUCUGCUCCGUGUGUUGAACCGGGAGAAAACCGUGAAAGGUGCUGUUCUUGAAAUGCAGUGGCUCAAUCUGUGUUGUUUAGUGUCUUUAGGACUACUAGAUGCGCGCGUCUUCACUCUUUAGCGUGUGUGUUUGUGGCUGUAACACGUCGUUAUCCGCUCAUAUAGUUUAAUAGCAGUGUUAUUAUGAGUCUAGCCGUGUACGUUUGCUUUGUAACUCUGAUGUAGUUUUGUGACUGACCAACUUUAGCAGAGUUUCG